CAAGAACUUUACACAGAAAUCUACUCAUGCCAUAUAAAACCAGUAACCAAAAUGAGUCACCUCCACCACCAAAGCCUAAACCAAGGAAACGCAUGAUUUUCAUUGAGGCUGAGGAUGAAAGAAGAGUGAAACCAGUUCCUGUACAAAGAAGGACAACUCUUGAUGAGAGCUUAUCAACGAAGGAGUCUGAAGACCACAUCGAUGAUGUCGUUGAAGAUUCAGACGAUGAAGUCAUUACUUAUACAAACGUGAGACCAGCUGGCAGUGUUAGUAGAUCAACUAACAAUACAGAAGAAGAAGAAGAAGAAGGAAAUGUACCGGUACAAGAUUCAGAUCUAAAUACUCCAAAUGAAAAGGAUAUCUUGGAACCUGAAAACAGUGAUUCGUCGACAGUGAGUGAACUCAACAAGUGUGUGAUUGACAAUUCCAUGUCAAAUGAUACAACGACGGAAAAUGAACACCAAAGUGUAGAUAGAAGUGGUGACAGUAAUGACGCACAGGACACACCUCGGCAGCAACCGAGAAGAUCAACAAGAGAGAGAAGACAGCCGGAAUGGAUAAGAUCUGGUGACUAUGUUUGUAAAACUAUGAACGUUGAUUGGAUGUCACGAGCUGAUUACCUGAAGUCAUUGAUUAACAAAGACAAUUUCAUGGAUGAUCCAGCUGUUAAAAAGACAUUUCUGGAAUUGGUUACAUGGAAACCUGAUUAAAAAAAAAAAACACUGUAUGGACAUUGAGUGAUAUGAUAUGUAUGAUAUCUACAUGAUAUAUGUGAUAAUUGAACAGUAUUGAUUUAUUAGAUAUAUGUGCUAGGUCAAAUCAUUUUUUUCUCAUGUACAUUGAUAUCUAUUCUAUGAAAGAGUGUAAUAUUUGAUGAAUGUGUAUAUAUUUUUGCUACGUACUAAUUAGAAAUUGUUAUUAUUAUGAUUUUUUUUACAUGAAUGACGAGGACGUCAUUUAUUGUAACAGGGGGGAGAAUGUAAUAGGGGUCAUAUUUUCAUAUAUCUUUAUUUGUCAAAUACCUAGAACGUAAUUACUUCCAUUUCAAUUUUUACUGUUUUCCCAAAAGAGUUAUCUCUCUUUGAUUAUUGGGUACCUGUGGAUCGAUAUCUAAAAAUAUAAGGAGUUUUCUGAUCACGUGAUUUAAAUAAUAAUAUUACGUAUUUAUCCAGAAAUUACACCUGGUCAAACCAGUUUAUUGUAUUUUGCGCCAUUUUUUGGUAUAGUGUUCACCGCAGCGAGUGUCCAUGUACAUCUUUCAUUGAAAUUUAUUCUGAUCACCGGCUGUGGGUUUUCAUUUCACAAAUGGGACCUGUUUUCUUCUUGAAUAAAUCAACGAACCCAGCAGUGCACUUCGUUUGUUUAUAACAUGUACAAGUGACCCUGUUUCAU